UCGACCUCAUCGUUCUUUCGUGCGACCUAAGAAUAAUCUCCAAAGGACAGGGUGUACCUGUAUGUCUGUGACUCGUUGGUGAGUCAUGCCUCAUGCUCCUUUCCCUCCUCCGCCUCCUCCACCAGCUUCAAUGACUGCAGUACCUCACUCUUCCCCAGCUUCCAGCCAACUGUGCCUACGGCAAGUCCGGCGGGAGCUUUCUCGUCCAGCUAUCAAUAUAAAUAUACAGUGGUCACCCCUUCAAAGACCACUGGGCCUAUUUUCAAUGUGCGCUUAGGCACCGACCCCCAGCUGGGAGUCAGGAUCCACGCGACCGGUGAUGUGAGGCGGCUUUAUGUUCGAGAUCGAGCGCGCCCAUGACCCCUGCGUACGACUUCGAACAUCCUCAACGAAGAGAAUCCCUCUCGAAUGGGUCGGCGGUGCAUACUGCAACGAACAAACUAUGCUGAACAUGGAGAGUAUACACUGGACGGAUCUCCACUGUGUCCAUGGGAGGCCAGUUUUCACCGGGUCAAAGCUCUUGGAAAGAGUCUGAAUACUACUCAUGGGAGUGUAUGUCAUGGGAUCGGCGUUGGCAAGAAGAUCACUCCGAGAAACUGCAGUACAUGGAUUAUUGAGUCCGCGGAUCAGCUUGUGGAUGAUGGUAUGUUUCGGAGGGAGGUCGCG